AUGGCUAGCAGGAAGAAGAAAGGAAAAGUGCAGACGAAACCACGCACUGCUACGCAAUCUCCAAAUGAAUUUCUUGGCUCUACAAGUACUCAAAGGGUAGAAGGAACAAAGGGGAAAUCUAAUGGAAAUCGCACGAUUCUACAGCAAGAAAAGGAGUUGACUCGUUUAGUAGCCGCGAUUGAAGAAGGUGCAAAGUGGAAGGAUGUGAGUAAAGGGUUGAAUUCUAAAGACGUGAUGACAGCCAAAGUUGUUGGGGAGAGCCCUAGUUUCAGUGAAGUAAAAGGGAAAGGUAAAGAGCAGGUCCUAGACAAUCCAGCAAAUACCAAUGCUACUAAGGGAGAUACUGCUGGGAUUCCUACACCUGAGGGAUCCUACGAUUCUCGACUACUAAUGGUAUUAAGUUGA